AUGGACAUGAGCCCAACGAGCACGUCGCCCGGUUAUGGGCCCUCGAAUCCGGGUGCGACAGCCCAGUUGAAUAAUUCAUCCGCGCCUGUAUCUACCCCACUGUCGACGGUGUCCCGGCCCUCGACGGCGAAGGCCGGAGCUCGUCAGAUUACCCGAAAUCGCGCCAGCUAUAGCUGCCACAUUUGUCGGAGGCGGAAGGUGAAAUGCGACAAGGUGCAUCCUGUGUGCGGAAACUGCGUGAAGAACGGAACCGAGUGUAUCUACGAUGCCGCGCCACAGAAAGAUGUCGGGCCGCACAAUGGUCAAACGAGGUGUGGACAUGGUAUCAAGCGGAGGAGGGAGACUUCACGGCCACUGGAUGAUGAUAUCGACGAUAUCAGUUCGCUUUAUGGGCAUUUGAGGCAGGUUGGGUCUCCCGAGCAGAAUUAUGGGUCGCAGGCGAUCGAAGCGCGGUUGGACAAGCUCACGUCGAUGAUUGAGCGGCUUAGCAAGUCUAAUGUGCCCUUGGAUGCGGCGGAAAGGCAUUUGCUAGCUCAGAACGCCAGCCUUGAGCUGGGGAGGGGUGAUGCUCGACCUGGGAAUGGCGCCACUGUGAAAUCGGCUGGUACGUCUAGGCCAGAUAGCCCGCGCCGCGCGGAUUCGAGCAGCGACGAAUUUCCUAUUCCUGCCGGGCAUGCUACAGACCUGGUGGAUCCGAUUGGUAGCUUGAACCUGGGCCAUUUAAGCCUGGAGGAUGGCGGCAGGUCGAGAUAUGUUGGGACAACCUAUUGGGCUUAUAUAUCGCAUGAGAUCAAUGAGCUCAACCAGUUGCUUAAAUACCAGAAUCGCUCGCACAACGACACUGCAACUAAUGAAAGCUCUGCUGAUGAAAAUAUGACGGAUACGAUGGCAAAGUCUUCACGCAGUCCAUGGAAGGCAUCGGUUGAUAGCCCUAGUGGAACCGCCCGAGAUCGAAUGUCUAGUGGCGAGGAAUUCCAGAAGUCUGUGCUGUUUCCUACAGGCGAUUCUCCCUCUGUGAAAGAGAAGCAUGUCGAACCAGAAAUGCUUGAUCAUGUGCCGACGAAACGACAAAGUCAUAUCCUGUACAAAGGAUUCAUGUCUGGAAUCCAUGCUAUCAGCCCAGUGAUCCACCCUCCAACUAUUCUAAAGCUAUAUAACUCCUUUUGGGACUGGUAUGAUUAUAGCAGUUAUUCUGGAGACCCUUGUCCAGACCCCUCAUUUAUUCCUCUUCUUUACGCUAUUUGGUACGGUGGAUCGGUAACAAUAUCGAUUCGGACUAUCAAAGCUGAAUUCAACGUCUCUUCGCGGUCCGCGCUUUCAAAGACCUUCAAUGACGAGGUAACGCGGUGGCUAACGAAAAUAUCGUUUCCGCGCAGCCCUUCAUUACAAGGCCUAGCUGCGUAUCUCCUAGUCCAAACGAUACUUUCAAAGGAAGAAGAACCGCUAACAAGCAGCUUGUUCAUUAGUCUUGCCAUGAGAGUAGCACAGACGAUGGGCUUGCAUCGAGAUCCUGCUAAAUUUGGGAUCAAACCUUUUGAGGCUGAGUACCGACGUCGGAUAUGGUGGCAUGUCGUGCAUAUGGAUGGCGUUGUCGCUAUGUCUAGUGGCCUGCCUCCUCUGGUUAGCGAUGAGAACUUCUGGGAUGUUCGUGACGCCAGCGAAGUCAAGGAUACGCUUUUAGGGACUCCCGAGGCCGAAAAAUAUGAGGAAUUGGUGGCAUCCGGUAUGCGGUCACCCGAUAAUCCUGAUGACCCGACUCUAUGCGGUGGACCAUCUAUGGUCAACGUGUAUUAUCUAUCAGCUAAGGGCAAAUAUGUCAUGGCUCGCGCUGUCCGCCGGAUAUUGAAGAUCCAACUAGGCACAAAACCCGUGACACGAAGAGACAUGGAGGAGCUCAGGUCAAUCCUACUUGACCUGCAGCUCAAGCUCAAUUCUAUAAUUAAUCGAAUCCCAGAAAUCGACAAUCGUAACAUGUCUUCAAAUGACAGAUCGCUUUCGUUCUCGGUCUCUCCGGUAGAGAUGAGAACUAGCGAUAUAGAGCUCCCUGGAGAAGGGCCCGGUGGCUGUGUGGAACAAUAUCAUUCUCCCGUUCUCAUUUCCUUCCAUAAAUGGGCAAGGAUACUACUGUCUCUCUUUAUUGAUAAGGCGUUUUGUGUCGCCUAUCAACCAUUCCUUAAGAACGCUAAGAGCCGUAUUUGGCCAGCUGCAAGGCAUAGUGCUCUGCGGCACUGUCAUGGCUUCAUGGAGAAGUUCAUAUCUCUUGCCACUGACCCUGACUUUCAACCUUUCCAAUGGAGCUGGCCAGGCAAUCACCAACCAAUGCAUGCCGCCAUGAUCAUGCUCAUCGAUCUCCAUGAACGACCCUAUAGCCCUGAGGCUCCUAAGUCGAGGGCAUUCAUCGACAGAAUAUUUUCACUCACCGGGCCAGAUGGAGGUGUCGUCGGCGGCGAGGACGGCAUCUCAGCCCAACGGCCCCUGAAAGACGGCGGCCGCGAGGCAUGGGAUAUGAUUCGCAGACUGCGCCAGAACGCAUGGCAGAAAGCCGGUCUGGAUCCACAUAAGCUAUGGACUGAACAAGCCCAGAUUCAAGCUGGUGCAGCCUCUGGACCCGAUGAAUAUCCCUGUGCCUCCAAUCCCUACUACGCUAAGAGUGGUUCUACGGCCCCGACUCCAUCCAUGGCGACAAUGACAUCCCGACAACAGCUGGCAGACUUCUCGAAGAUGUUCUACAACAUGACACGUUCACAUAUGCUUCCUAACCCCGUCUCCACUCUCCGACCUAGUCCCCUUCGACACCAAUUACCCCAAACCUCAGCUCCGACUUCCGUCCCGGAGACGCCCCCAGGUCUGACUACACCGCAGAUCUCCCACUCAUCUGCACCAAAGGCUAAUUCGGUCGAAACUCCUUCCCCUGCUUCCGUUAUCUCCUCUCCUGACCGCAUCCCAACCCUUCCAACCGCAAUGCCCUUUACCCAAUCCACCGGCGCCGCGACUCCACCCUUUCCCUUGCCCUUCAUGGACAUGGCCUCGCCGAGCGCACAGUCAAUUACUGCCGGCCCAACGCCGCCCUCGAUGAUGGACCCGAAUCUCAACUUCGACUGGGACCAAUGGGAUGCCGUCUUCGGACAGCAUCUCCCUGUCGCAGACGAGCUGAUGGAGUUAGAUCCCGUCGCGGGGUUCGAGUUGGGGGAUCUCGGUAGUGGAGUGGUUGGCGGUAACAGUCGGACCGCUAGUUUGGCUGAUAGUGACACCGGCCUUGGGAGUAUCCCUGGUCCGGAUUGGGUUGGUUAUUGUUGA